UUAUAAAAGGGCAGACAACGAGGGAGAGACCAAGAUCCUCUGCUUCCUCCGCUUCAUCUCCACCAGCCUAGAGUCGCCAUGACUUGCCGAUCCUCUUGUCUGAGCUCCCGCAGCGGAGCCCGCACCACCAGCUGCUGUGUGUCCGCCCAGAGGCACAGCUUUGGCCGCACCUUCAGCUGCGCCUCGGCCUGCGGGCCCCGGCCCGGCCGCUGCUGCAUCACCGCCGCCCCCUACCGCGGCGUUGCCUGCUACCGCGGCCUCAGCGGGGGCUUCGGCAGCCGCAGCCUCUGUGGCGGAGGCUUCCGCGCCGGCUCUUGCGGGCGCAGCUUUGGCUACCGCUCGGGCGGCGUGUGCAGGCCCAGCGCUCCCGGAAUCACCACUGUGUCCGUUAACGAGAGCCUCCUGACGCCCCUCAACCUGGAGAUCGACCCCAACGCGCAGUGCGUGAAGCACGAGGAGAAGGAGCAGAUCAGAGGCCUCAACAGCAAGUUCGCCGCCUUCAUCGACAAGGUGCGCUUCCUGGAGCAGCAGAACAAGCUGCUGGAGACCAAGCUGCAGUUCAUCCAGAACCGCAAGUGUUGCAAGAGCAACCUGGAGCCGCUGUUCAGCGGCUACAUCGAGACGCUGCGGCGGGAGGCCGAGCACGUGGAGGCCGACAGCGGGCGGCUGGCCUCCGAGCUCAACCGUGUGCAGGAGGCACUGGAGGGCUACAAGAAGAAGUAUGAAGAGGAGGUGGCUCUGAGGGCCACAGCGGAGAACGAGCUUGUCAGAAUCAAGCAGGGGGUCAACGGUGCCUAUGCGUGCAAGGCAGACCUGGAGGCCAAUGCCCACAGUCUGGUGGAGGAGAUAAGUUUCUUGAGGGCCUUGUAUGAGGAGGAGAUCCGCGUGCUGCACGCCCACAUCUCCGACACCUCGGUCGUGGUCAAGAUGGACAACAGCCGGGACCUAAGCAUGGACUCGAUUCUGUCUGAGAUCAAGGCUCAGUACGACGACAUCGCCACCCGCAGCCGGGCUGAGGCCGAGUCCUGGUACCGCAGCAAGUGCGAGGAGAUGAAGGCCACAGUGAUCCGGCACGGGGAGACCCUGCGCCGCACCAAGGAGGAGAUCAACGAGCUGAACCGCAUGAUCCAGAGGCUGACGGCCGAGGUGGAGAACGCCAAGUGCCAGAACACCAAGCUGGAGGCAGCCGUGACGCAGUCUGAGCAGCAGGGUGAAGGGGCACUGAAUGAUGCCAGGAGCAAGCUGGCAGGGCUGGAGGCCGCCCUGCAGAAGGCCAAGCAGGACAUGGCGUGCCUGCUCAAGGAGUACCAGGAGGUGAUGAACUCCAAGCUGGGCCUGGACAUCGAGAUCGCCACCUACCGCCGCCUGCUGGAGGGCGAGGAACACAGGCUAUGUGAAGGCGUCCGUGCUGUGAAUGUCUGUGUGAGCAGCUCCCGGGGUGGAGCUGUGUGUGGGAGCCUCUCCACCACCCGCACCUGUGGCAUCGACUCCCGUGGGAUGGGUGCGGGUGGCAGCUGCUGCAAGAAGUGUUAGGGCUUGAGGCUGUCACCCUCCCGGUGCAGGCCAGGUGGCCCUUCUGUCCUGCCUGGCUACCAGCAGCCUGGGAGCGGGGCGCAGCUGCUGGUUGUCUUCCCUGCUCUGGGUCCCUGCUGUGUGGGCUGUUCCCUGGACUGAGAGCUGCUGAGAGGCGUGACAGGACACGGGGCCACCUGCCCUCAUGAGGGGGACAGCCUCUCCGUGAGCAUCUCCCAGGCCCCUUCCCCCUACCCCUGCUCCCCCCCCCCCCCCGCUUGGUCUCUCACAAGUCCCUUCCUUCCUGCUUUUCUUUGCUGAAAAUAAAGUUGCAAC